GCUCCGUCGCGGAAGUGGGGCAAAAGUCACGGCGGAGUGUUUAACACAAGAUCCGAGGACUUUCACGCUGAAACAUCAUCAUAAACAUAAAUAUCAUCUAAACAUGUCUGUGCCUUUGACUUUCGACGGUCGAGUGGUGCUGGUGACGGGAGCCGGCGGAGGUUUGGGGAGGGAAUAUGCGCUGGCGUUCGGUCAGAGAGGAGCCGCUGUCAUCGUUAAUGAUCUGGGAGGAGAUAUUAAAGGAGGAGGCAGGAGCUCGGCGGCCGCUGAUAAAGUGGUGGAGGAGAUCAGAGCUAAAGGAGGGAAAGCCGUGGCCAACUAUGAUUCGGUGGAAGACGGCGAGAAGCUCAUCCAGACGGCGUUGGAUGCGUUCGGACGAAUAGAUAUCGUGGUGAACAACGCUGGGAUUCUGCGGGACCGAUCUUUCGCUCGGACCAGUGACAUGGACUGGGACCUGAUUCACCGCGUGCAUCUGAGAGGCUCGUUCCUCGUCACGCGAGCCGCGUGGAACCACAUGAAGAACCAGAAGUUCGGAAGGAUCAUCAUGACGUCGUCCGCGGCGGGCAUCUACGGGAACUUCGGACAGGCCAACUACAGCGCGGCCAAACUGGGUCUGCUGGGUCUGUCCAACACGCUGGCCAUCGAAGGGCAGAAAUACAACAUUCACUGCAACACGGUGGCGCCGACCGCAGGAUCUCGCCUCACGGAGACCGUCAUGCCACCAGACCUGGUGGAGUCGCUGAAGGCUGAAUACGUGGCGCCGCUGGUGCUCUGGUUGUGUCACGAGGCGUGUCAGGAGAACGGCGGUCUGUUUGAGGUCGGCGCCGGCUGGAUCGGCAAAUUGCGCUGGGAGAGGAGUAUAGGCCGAACCGUGCGGCAGAAGAACAAGAGCAUGACGCCGGAGGCCGUGAGAGACUCUUGGAACGAGAUCUGUGACUUUACUGAUGCCACCAAACCCGCCAACAUUCAGGAGUCGCUGCAGACGCUGGUGGAGGUUCUGUCCAAAGUGGACGCUGGACGGGGAAUCGGAGCCAAUCCGACCGGAGCCGCAGCGACAAACCCUUCUGCGGCGGUCGGACAGAUGCUGCCGGAGAUGACCUUCACUUACACACACAUGAACUGUAUCCUGUACGCUCUGGGAGUGGGAAUGUCCACCAAAGACCCCGAUCAUCUGCAGUUCCUCUAUGAAGGUCACCAGGAGUUCAGCUGUCUGCCCACGUUCGGCGUGAUCGCGGCCCAGAGCGCCAUGACGGGCCUCGGCAGCAUUCCGGGACUCGACAUCGACUUCACCAGGCUGCUGCACGGAGAGCAGUAUCUGGAGCUGUUCAAACCGCUGCCCAUAUCAGGGACGCUGACGUCACGGGCCACGGUGGCAGAUGUCUUGGAUAAAGGAUCCGGGAUGAUCGUCCUGCUCGAUGUUCAUACGUACAGCGGCGGAGAGCUGGUGUGUUAUAAUCAGUUCUCGGUGUUCAUCGUCGGCGCUGGAGGGUUCGGGGGGAAGCGGAUGUCCCAGAAGGCCGUGGUCACGGCUCCUCCUCCAGACAGACCUGCUGACGCCGUGAUAGUAGAAGAAACGUCUCGAGAUCAGGCGGCUCUGUACCGCUUGAGUGGCGACUGGAACCCGCUGCACAUCGACCCCAGCUUCGCCGCUAUGGGAGGAUUCAAAUCUCCCAUCCUCCACGGCCUGUGUUCGUUUGGCUUCGCCGCGCGUCACGUUCUCAAGCAGUACGCAGGAAAUGAUGUUUCCAGAUUCAAGUCCAUCAAGGUGCGUUUCGUGAAGCCCGUGUAUCCGGGCCAGUCUCUGCAGACGGAGAUGUGGAAGGAAGCAAACAGAAUUCACAUUCAGUGUAAGGUCAAGGAAACGGGAGCGGUUGUGUUGUCGGGAGCGUAUAUAGAUUUACACGCCGCUGCGGACGCUUCUGUCAGCGCCGGGCCGCCGCAGACGGACGGCCUGCAGAGCGAUCUGGUGUUCGCUGAGAUCGGACGCAGGAUCAGAGAUCUGGGCGAGGAGCUGGUGAAGAAGGUCAACGCCGUUCUGGCCUGGGAGAUCAUGAAGGACGGGAAACGCGUCAGACAGUGGACCAUGGAUCUGAAGACGGGACGUGGCGCUCUGCUCAGAGACGCAGACGGCGGCCGAGCCGACGUGACCUUCACCGUCGCAGACGAGGACUUCAUGGACGUGGUGAUGGGAAAACUGAACCCGCAGAAGGCGUUCUUCGCUGGCAAGCUGAAAGUCAAAGGGAAUAUAAUGCUGAGCCAGAAGCUGGAGGCCGUACUGAAGGACUACGCCAAACUCUGAGCCAAUCAGCACCGAUUCACUAACGUUCAGACUAAUAAUGAUGGAUAUCAACCAGUUUCUAAUGAAAUCAUGAAUAAAAAACAGCAAAAUGUU